GGGCCGGGCCGGGGCGGAGCGGGGCCGCGGCGCGCAGAGCCGCGCUUCGCCAUGCGGGACUACGAGGAGGCGACCGCCUUCCUGGGCGAGUGGGGCCGCUUCCAGCGCCUCGUCUUCUUCCUGCUCAGCGCCAGCAUCGUCCCCAACGGCUUCAACGGGAUGUCGGCCGUGUUCCUGGCCGGCACCCCCGAGCACCGGUGCGCGCUGCCCCGCGGCGCCAACCUGAGCGGCGAGUGGCGCAACGCCAGCAUCCCGCUGGAGCUGCGCGGCGGGCGGGCGGCGCCGAGCCGCUGCCGCCGCUACCGCCUGGCCGCGCUCGCCAACUUCUCGGCGCUGGGGCUGCGGCCCGGCUCCGACGUGGAGCUGGCGGCGCUGGAGCAGGAGCGCUGCCUGGACGGCUGGGAGUACAGCCGCGACCUCUACCGCUCCACCGUCGUCAGCGAGUGGAACCUGGUAUGUGAGGACGACUGGAAAGUGCCGCUCACCACCUCCCUGUUCUUCGUGGGGGUGCUCAUCGGCUCCUUCGUAUCAGGGCAGCUCUCCGACAGGUUUGGCAGGAAGAGUGUCCUUUUCUCCACUAUGGCUGUGCAGACCGGCUUCAGCUUCCUGCAGAUCUUCUCUACCAGCUGGGAGAUGUUCACAGUGCUGUUCCUCAUAGUGGGGAUGGGACAGAUCUCGAACUACGUGGUGGCCUUCAUACUGGGAACAGAAAUUCUUGGCAAAUCAGUUCGUAUUAUAUUCUCUACAUUAGGAGUUUGCAUAUUUUUUGCAAUUGGCUACAUGUUGCUGCCACUAUUUGCUUACUUCAUCAGAGACUGGCGGAUGCUGCUACUGGCUCUCACUGUCCCGGGGGUGUUCUGCGUUCCUCUGUGGUGGGUCAUUCCUGAAUCCCCCCGGUGGCUGAUCUCCCAGGGAAGAUUUCAAGAGGCAGAAGUUAUUAUCCGAAAGGCUGCAAAAAUAAAUGGUGUUCCAGCCCCAGCUGUGCUUUUCGACACCGCGGAGAUGCAGGAUUCGAAGCCUCAGCAGCAGCAGAAGGCUAUCCUUCUGGACCUAUUUCGAACCCGAAACAUUGCAACUAUUACUAUUAUGUCAUUACUUUUGUGGAUGCUAACAUCGAUUGGUUACUUUGGCCUGUCACUCAGCACUCCAGAUUGGCAUGGAAAUGUCUACAUCAAUUGUUUCCUCUCGGCAGUUAUUGAAAUUCCAGCUUACGUGAUUGCCUGGCUUCUCCUCCGAUCCCUGCCUCGGCGGUAUUCAAUAGCUGGCACCUUGUUCUUAGGAGGAAGUGUUGUCCUCUUCAUUCAGCUGGUCCCUACAGAUUUGAAUGUCCUGUCUGUUGGCCUGGUGAUGCUUGGAAAAUUUGGGAUCACAUCUGCAUUUUCUAUGCUUUAUGUCUACAAUGCUGAGCUCUACCCAACAUUGGUCAGAAACAUGGCAGUUGGAGCUACUUCCACCGCUUCCCGAGUGGGCAGCAUCAUCGCCCCUUACUUCGUGUACCUGGGUGCCUACUACAGAUUCCUACCUUAUAUCCUCAUGGGCAGCUUGACUGUGUUGAUAGGGAUCCUUACCCUGUUUCUCCCUGAAAGCUACGGUAAACCUCUCCCCGAGAACUUUGACCAAAUGCUGAGGGUGAGAUGUUUCAGAGACGGGCAACAAACCACUGGUGUUAGGAAGUCAAAAGAGAGUCCUAAAAUUCUGGUGACAACAUUCUGAAGAAGGCUGUACGGUCUCAGAAGGGCUGAAACAACAACAAGGUCUUCUCAAAAUGUAUUUUCUACCAGAGGAAAACAAACAAAAACCAACAGUCAAUGCUACUGCACCACAGUUAUGAGCCUAUUAUCCCCUUUUGCUGCUGUACCAAAUAUGUAGUUUACUGAACAGAUGCUGUCUACUCCCAUAGGAUUGUUAGUCCGUAAUUCAGUGUCCUGAUAGUUGUUUUUCAGCAGAUACGGUCCCCGUCGAAGACGGGAGCUGCAUGUGCUAAGCUGUUUGACGAGCAGGCUAGAAAUGAGUAUUUGGAAUAAUACAGCAAUGACUCCACUCAGUCAUGUACUCAAUGAAAGCUGCUUAAGGGAAAAGUGAAAGGCCAAGUUAAAAAACAAAAACAUGCUGCUGUUUUCUCUCACCGUGCAUACUGACUGGAAGAGGAGCAGCUGGGUACCUUCCUCUGAGAACCUCAGCCUCACAUCUCUAAAGGAAAGAUCCCAGUCUCCUUUGAAAUCUGUACCAAAUCCCAAUACACGUUAACUGGAAUCAGAAUUCAGUUGUAGCAAAGCACACAUAGACUUUAUUGUGGGUUGGUUUUUUUUUUAAACCUGGCAUUGGAGUGAGUAUAUUUUGAUGGUCUGUACUCUUCCCAGGACCUGGGAUCCAGUUCUGAUCCACUUCUCCGUGUAAAAUCUGAUGCUUUUUCACAAAGCCUGAGCUCACUGAAAUCGCUAGGCUUAAUGGAUGAGCAUCUUUGUGGGGGGAGAAAUCUUUAAUAAGAAAUACAGCUUCUGACCUACUUCUGAUGGGCAAUUUCCACUUUCAAAAGAAACAGGCUUCAGCAAAUCAAUGAUUCUAUUCAAACGUAAUGUGCAAUUUUAGCUACCAGAUUUUCAUGGUAUAUUUGCAUAAACAUUUUUUUUUAAUAUCUUUUUGGGGGUGUUUUUUUCCAAAGCAUUUCAUUUCUUCUUGAAUAUAUGUCAUGUUGUGCUGUACCUUCAGAGAACAUUCAUUCCGGUUUCAAAAGCAUCUUUGCACUAUUUGUGGAUUUAAAGGAGAUUUGAUGCUCACAAAAAUCUGAUGUUCUGUAUGGGAGUUGUUCACCUGCAGCUACUGAAAACCUGAAAGGGCUAAUUUGGGACCACACAGUUAUUUCAAAGCAAACACCAACAAAGCCAGUGUUCUGUUUUUCAAGUCCUACAGGUCAUAUAUGCAUUUUUUUAAAGUACAGUAAAGCACUAUUAGAUCAAAUGUAGUAUAGUUUAGAGUUGUGCUACUGCUGUUUUAUAAACACUACAUAGUCCGAAAAAAAGUGUAGUAUUUCUUUAUUGGCUGCACAUAGACUUUUUGGUCACCUAAAGUCUAUCAGACCUGGCAGACUGACUUUAAUCCUCUAAAUGACAGUAAGCCAUGAUUCACUUUCUGUAACAGCUAACAGAAGCACGCUGUUUCGUCUCUAACAUGAGAGUUCAUGGCAAUGGCCCUGCUGCUGGCCCUUGGCACAGGAAUGAGUAAGUUUAAGCACAAAUACAAAGCUUUAUAUUUAAAUACAAGUAACUUGUGCAAUUAUUUCAAGCUGCAGUUUGGGACAUGGAAAUAUUACUGCCUUUCGUAUUAAUUUUCUGUGGUCGUGCUUUUGCCAUAAAUGUAAUAUAGCACGAGGCAGCCAUUAUCCUGUGAUCCCUAAUGCUGCAUCUCUUCUCAAGCUGGAAUUUCUCUAAUGACAGCAGUAUUUAAUUUUGUUUUUGCUUAUUAUAAUGAUAUCUAUAGAAUAACUGUUUAGACUUAACUAGAUUUCGCAACAAAACCUUUUUUAUCAGCAUGAGACAGUUGUGAGGAACUGGUUAAAUAUAGGUGGCUAUAUUUUUAUGAAGAUUUUUAUAUUAAGUUGAUACUUCUUUUAUGUGAUCAUAGGCUCACAUAUUUCUAAAAGGUAAAUAUUUUUAUAUUCUUGAACUUUGUAGUGUCCUAAAGCCUAGUAUUCCUUUUUUAAAUAAGAGAAAGGGUUGUGGAUUUUUUAAUGCCUUGUUUUAAUCAGUCUCAUUUUUCUUGCUUAUACUAUUAUCUAAAGCUAGUGCCAAAAUUUUAAUAUUUUUAAUGGCAAAUUAAAAAAAAUCUUUAGCAAGAGCAACAUGCAGUUCUCAGGAGAAUGUGAUGUUGCUACGAGGACUUUAAAUUGUGUCUGAGCUUAGUAAAAAGGAGAAAGAGAGAUUGCUUCAGCUGAAGCAGCAUUUGCAAGGAAAACUUCUGUCCUUUGCCAGUAAAUCUUUCACAGUCUUGAACAGUGAUUCCUGAAAAAACUCAGAGAAACAGUCUGUGGAAGAUUCAAAGCAGAAUGAAGUUGGAUGGCAGGAGUGCCAGUUUCUGGCACGUUACUAUUUUUUUAAUUGUACGGCUGAAGAAAAUAGUAUUGGUUUAAUAGCUGUUUCCAAACAUUAAAUGUAUUGCUAGUGAACUAUCUAAGCCUUCACUGCAAUCUUCAGAGAGUUGUCUGCACAUCAGAUAUUCAGUGCAGCUCAGUGUGGGACCUCUGUGUUUAUGAGCAGCUGGGAGGCUUGUGUAAAGCUCUGAGCUGAAGAUGGGGAGAGGGACUGGCUGGAUUGCUCCCACUGAGUUCAGCGGGAGCUGUACUAUUCCUCCUACGUCACUUCUGUCAUGUUUACUAGAGUCUGUGUAACCCUUUACCCUCUGUAAGAUCUGAAGCUGACUUACUGGAUCUGUUAAAACACAUAUAAAAAUGUAGCAGUUGUCACUUGUUAACUUUUGUCUUUAUUGUAAUAAAAAUGUGCACUGGCAUUGUAUAACCUACUUUCUGUGUGGACUACAAGUGAAGAAUAAGUCUCCUAACUUCAACACUUUGUGCAAGGAAGUUUAAAAAAGUAAUUUAAGAAGUUUUUAGCAUGGAUUAGUUAUAGAACCUCCCCCCUUAAAACAAGCUCUUCUACUCAAGAAAGCUAUCUGGUAGUAAAUACUACUGUAGGCCAGUUCUUUUGGCCUAAAAUUUUUUUUUUUUUUUUUUUAAGAUGGUUAAAUCCUAAUUUCCUGAUUUUACAAAGUAACUGAAGUAGUAACCUUUCAGGCUGCUGGGUCUCCACAGCACUCCACUACAUGCGUUUGCAGGUCAGGUAUAUGUAAUGUUCAAAGAUGAUGUUGAGACUUAACUUUUACUUUGUCUAUUCCAUUUCUCACAGUAACCAAACAUGCUGAUAAUGCCCAGAAGGAAAAAAAUAUAUAAUAUUGAGUGUAACUAUUUUUCUGUUUAAACACGAAGGCAGAGGUAUUCUAUGAUUAUUGUUUUAUAAUGAUUGUUAGGACACAAAUAUAACUUACAUAAAUUUUUGUGGGAAUUCUA